AUGGCCUACCUCUUCUACACCUUUGUCUUCUUAUUCCUCGUAGUCGCGACUGCCCUUUACGCAACGCGCAAUGUUUGGAAACCAUACGCGCCUCCCAUCCCGUACCUGACCGCUCCAGGCGAAAUUCCCGACUGGGCGUACAACAUCUACGAUCGCAUAAUGGCCUACAUCGAUCGCUGGCGCUACUCCGCGUUGCCCUCCUCCUUCCAAAAUGAAGCAGAACAAGGCUUCCACUCUUCAAACUUCGAUAUUGCAGAAAACAUCGAAGGAGAAGAUAGUAGAUCUGGCCUGUCGGGACAGCAGAAAGCGGAAAUUUACGGAAUCAUGAGAAGACAGGGUGUCACUUUUGAUGAGGCGAGAAGAUUAUACACCGAGAGACAAUUUGCAGCCGCGGGAAUAGGACCGGAUGGGAGGCCGUUGGAUCGGAAGGCGGUGGUAUUUUCUUGA